AUGACCAAGGGUACUCAGGCCUUCGGUAAGCGUCACACCAAGUCGCACACCCUCUGCCGCAGGUGUGGACGCCGCUCCUUCCACAACCAAAAGAAGACCUGCGCGCAGUGUGGUUACCCUGCCGCAAAGAUUCGUCACUUCGAGUGGAGCGAAAAGGGUAAGCGCAGAAAGACCACCGGCACUGGGCGUAUGAGGUACUUGAAGACUGUUGCUCGUCGCUUCAAGAACGGUUUCCGUGAAGGUACUGCUGCCAAGCCUAAGGCUCGUGCUGCUGCUCCCUCUUCGUAA